AUGAACAUGCGUCGACGAUCCCUCGCAUCCCACCACCACCACCACCACCACCACCACCACUUGGACGACGACGUCGAGCACCACUUGGAGCCCACCACGCACCGGUCCACGACCCCCCCCGAGUCCGAGUCCGAGCAAGGUAGCCGUGUAGCCGUGUAGCUGUCUACGUCGAGGAAGCUUCUACGUCCCCCGUGACUGGACUCUACCCACUCGCCCCGACCCUCGCCCGAGCUCCGUCGAGAAGGAGACCGACUGACGCUGACGACGUGCUCUUUCGCUCCCUGUGUGGGUGGGUGUGUGUGUGUGUGCGCUGUACAGUGUCGCGAACAUCGUUUGAUCGCGCCUUGACCAUCUUCUCACCCGAAGGAAGGCUCUAUCAAGUCGGUCAGUGUGCACUAUUUACACUCUUCUACCCCCCCCGGCUCAGGCUCUCGCAUCUCUUUAACUCUGUCGGUCGUGGCUGUACCCGCUCUCAGAAUACGCCUUCAAGGCCAUCACCGGCUCGGGGCACACCACCCUCGCCAUCCGAGGCGAGGACGCCACCGUCGUCAUCACCCAAAAGAAGGUCCCUGUGCGUGUACACCCAUCCCCCGACGCGCGAUCCCCCGGAUCCAGCUUCCCUCCUGAAGCUGACGACGCGCUGACCCACUACAGGACAAGCUCUUGGACCCGGAUUCGAUCACCCACAUCUACAACAUCACACCCAACAUUGGCUGCGUAUUCACAGGUCGACAUGGUCAGUCAUCCUACCGAGCUCGAGCUCGAGCUUGAGCUUCUUCUCCUUCCCCCAAAAGAGCCCCUGGACUGACCCAAUGCGUGCUCGCUCCUCUCCAGCCGAUGCACGCAACCAACUGCAACGGGCACUAUCCGAAGCGACCCAGUUCAGGUACAAGUUUGGCUACGAGAUCACGCCGGACUUGCUCGCCAAGCGCAUCGCCAACAUCAACCAGGUAUGCAGCCAUUCGAACCCUGGUCGGCCAUGCUGGCACGAGGGAUACUAAUCAUGACCACACGAUUCAGGUCUAUACCCAACGAGCUGCGAUGCGACCUCUUGGCAUUUGUAAGUUCCCUAUCCGAACCGAAGCCUACCCGCGAGUCGCCGCGCCGAGGUUGAACCCUGGUGCCCAUGCGUCUUCUGAUCUUGUCCCCACGCAGCCAUGAUCAUCGUCGGGAUCGAUCCCGAACUCGGCCCCCAAAUCUUCAAACUGGACCCGGCAGGUUACUACGUCGGCUUCCACGCCACCGCUGCAGGGCAAAAACAACAAGAGGCGAUCAACCUACUCGAAAAGGGGUACAAGAAGGGGUGGAAACUCGCCCGGUUGGACGACGUCGUCGAGUUGGCGCUGACGAGUUUGAGUACGGUCCUGGCGACCGAUUUGAAAAAGGGCGAGGUCGAGAUUGGGGUCUGUGGUGGCGAAGAGAGGAGAUUCAGGAAGGUGAGUCGUCGGUCGGGAUGGUUUGGGCGUGGGCGUGGGCGUGGGCGUGGGCGUGUUGUGGCUUGGGCGAGGUCGAGUACGGCUUUUUGACGUGUGAUGCUGAUGGCGAUUCUUUGCGUCUCUGCAGCUGUCGACGGAAGAAAUUGAUGGGUACCUGCAACGACUCGGCGAGAAGGAUUAA